AGUGUUCAUGGGAACAACACGCAGUGAGCCCUGCAGUGAUGCCUCUUUGUCAGAUAUAGCUGUGGCUCUGGGCCUGGACUAUGUCAAACUGGGAGGUCUGAAUGGUGCUGAGAGGAUGACUAAAUACAACCGGCUGAUUUCUAUAGAGGAAGAACUGGCCCAACAGGGAAUUCUGGUCUUCAAGGAGAAGCACCCACCUCCACUGUUCACUGAAAAACCACAGGAGGAGUCCACAGAGAGUACUGUCUGACACAGCCUGCUCACAUCUUCUGUUUCUAUCAAGAACAUAAACACUUAAAAUUUGUGUCAGUGUUACCACAAUAUAGUUUACUUUCAAAAUUCAA